ACACCACAAUGCCUCGUUCUCUCCUUCACCUACUCAGACUAUGCCUGCUCAUCUCAUUGCUCCCGAAUUCCCACUGCUCUUCUAUUGCCGAAAAUGAAGCAGAGGUGAUGAAAUUCCUGGACGAAGUCAAUCAUCGUCUGGCCAUACUCUACAACAAAGAGGUCCUGGCGAAUUGGCAAAAUGAAAUCCAAGGACCCAAUGAUUUGAUAGCCCUGCUGCAAUCGGAAAUUGCCACCAAAGAGAUAAUGCGUUACAUUCAGAGCAUAGCGGUGAAGGUGAAGAAAUAUAAACGUCUGACAUUGGAUAAUCAGGAUUUAAAACGACAACUUUCUCUAAUACCCGAAGUGGGUUAUGAAGUGCUGCCUCCGGAGGAUUUGGAGCUUCUGUAUGCCGUUACAGCAAAUAUGAGUGAAAUUUAUCGUCAUUCCAAGCUGUGUUCCUAUGAGGAUAGGGAGAAAUGUGAUCUGAUGUUGAUACCAGAUGUUCAGCGAAUUCUGCACAGCACCGAGAGUGUGGAGGAAAUUGAAUACUAUUGGCUGGAGUGGAGGAGGAAAACGGGUCUGGCGGCCCGUGAGGAUUUCCACAAGUUUGUGGAGUUGUAUAGGAAGACGGCGAAGCUGAAUGGUUUCAACAAACCCUCUGACUUUUGGUACAAAGAUUUAGAGGAAAGCAGCGAUUCAAUGUCGAAAAUUUUAGAGAAAUUCAUGAGGGAAUUGAAACCAUUCUUUGAACAAUUCCAUGGCUAUAUUCGUGGACAAUUGAGACGGAAAUAUGGUUCGGAAUUAAUUCAACCCCACAAACCCUAUCCCCAACAUUUGGCCGAAAUAUUUAUUGGAAAUGCCUUUCGCUAUGGUGAUACCAGUGGUCUAAUGCAUCUGCCCUUUAAUCAAAUGGCAAUGCCAAAUAUUACGGAGAACUUGCUGCGGCGAGGUAUGACAAAUACCCAGGUGAAUUUCUGGAAUGCCAAGGAAUUUUUCCGUUCGCUGGGAAUGCCUCAACUGGAGGACAAAUUUUGGUCGGAAAGCUGCCAACCCAAGGCCGAUUUGGACGAUGACCAUUGCUGGCACAAGGCCUGGAAAUUCUAUGGCCUCUAUCAUGUGAAUUUCUCCUAUUGUCCCUUGACUACCGAGGAGACUUUCUUCAAUAUGUUCGAGGCCCUAUCGGAUGUUUACUAUUAUAAGUCCUAUGAGAAUUUGGUAACGCUGUACCAGGAAGAACCAUUGCCAAAUUUCAGCGAUACUUUGGGGAAAUUUUUCUCCUUGGCCGCUUCAUCGCCUAGGUAUUUGAAGAAAAUGAAGGUGGUUGGUGAGGAGUAUACUGGUAAUGAAGCCAGGAUAAAUCGGCUAUAUAUUCAGGGCCUUCGCACUAUCUUCUUGAUACCCGUCUUCUACAUUUUGGAACGUUAUCGCUUGGACGUGUUGGACAAAAGCAUGAACAUCAACGACAACUGUGCCUAUUGGCGUUUAACGGAAGACUAUACGGGAGCAGAGCCUCCGGUAGUUCGUACCAAUGAAGACUUCGAUGCGCCAGCCAAACUCCUCAUGGAAGUCGAUGACCAAUAUACCACACAAAUAUUAAGUAUUGUCCUGCAAUAUCAGCUGCUAGAACAUUUUUGUUCCGCCACCAAGCAAUAUAAACAAGGAGAUCCCAACAAGGCCUUGGAUUUGUGUGAUUUGACGGGCCAGAGGAUUGUGGGAGAGAAAAUAAGUCAAGCCAUGGCCCUGGGCUCCUCAGUUCCCUUCAAGCAGGUUUUGAAAACCAUUCUCGAUACGGAUGAGCUAAGUUUAUCUGGCCUCUUGGAGUAUUAUCGCCCGUUGUACGAUUGGCUGGUGGAACAAAAUCGUUUGGAGAGCAAUGAAAUUGGCUGGGAGAAGUCGGAGAAAUGCCAACCCUAAUGUGUGUUGAAGACAUAACAGAAGAUAAUUCACAAUAGCACACUAGUGAUGUAAUUUAUUAAAUGUGUAGCAUAGUUUUAGGCUGCAAUGGGUAUUAUUAAACACUGGGUGUUUCAGUCGUUAGCAAAAAAUGUAUAGUUGCUUGUUGUUUUCAUAGUUGUAAUUAAAAAUGUAGGUAAUUAAAUUAAAUAAAAAAUUCAAAAUAAAUAAAAAAUAAAUAUUGAAAAUAAAUUCCAUAUAAAAUAAUAGAAUUUAAAAUAAAUUAAAAAUAUAAAAUUGGUUAAGGCAAUUUUUGGGAAAAUAUUAAAGGCAAUGCCAAUUCCUUUAUCAACUCUAUAUCUUUUCAUUAGGAGUCGAAAUGCAAUCUCCUGUUAAGUUCCGAAUAUUUUGUAGAGAACUUUCUGAAGGUCUUAGAACGGUGUUCCUGGG